GAGCGAUGUUGGACAGCUCCAGGACGCAAACAGAGGCUUCUAACGGGGAGCAGGCAAAACCAGCCCCUGGCAAAAGGCCAGGCGGGCAAGGCAGAAGUGGAAAGGGAUACCCUACACCUGGCAGGAAAGGAUUUCUCUUCUGAGGAACAGCCGAUGAGUUGUGACGAUGCAGCAAAGUCCGGUACUUGAGCGGCUCUGCCCACCACUGGCAUGUGGUCCCCGGAAGGUGGUCUAGCAGGAAACGCCUCCCCUCAGCUGAGAAAGGUUCCUCACCCCGGCUGUUCAUGUCUACUCGCAAGUAAACCCCAUUCAGUUCAUUGAGACUUUCUCCCAGAGUCCAAAAUGGCCAACCAGGAGUCUCCCAGGAAGUACCAGAAUGAGGCCAAACCCCAGCAAGAUUUCACCUGGGUCGUGAAGGCCAAUGACAGGGCCUACCAUGAGCAAUUUCGGAAGACAUAUGCCUGCUGUUUGAAGAGGAAGAAGUAUGCGUGCAAUGCCAUCAAGACAGCCAAGUACAACAUCCUCACUUUUCUCCCACUCAACCUCUACGAGCAGUUUCACCGGCUGGUCAAUGUAUACUUCCUCUUCAUCAUCCUCUUGCAGACCGUCCCGCAGAUAUCCACACUUCCCUGGUUCGCUCUCCUCUUCCCCCUUGUGCUCCUCCUUUCCAUCAGAGGCAUCAGGGACCUGAUUGAUGAUAUUGCACGACAUCGGAGUGACUGGGAGAUCAACAGUCGACCCUGUGAGAUCUUGACAGGGGAAAGUUUUGUCCAGAAGAAAUGGCGUGACAUAUGUGUGGGGGAUAUCGUUUGCCUCCGCAAGGACAGUAUUGUACCCGCUGACCUCCUCUUACUAUCCAGCUCAGAGCCCAACAGUCUCUGCUAUGUGGAGACGAUGGACAUUGAUGGAGAGACCAAUCUGAAGUACCGGCAAGCUCUCCUGGUGACACACGAACAGUUGGUCAGUGAGGAUAGCAUGGCUGCCUUUGAUGGGAAAAUCACCUGCGAGGAGCCCAACAGUCGGAUGCACAGCUUCAUCGGGACCCUGGAGUGGCGUGGAGAGAAAUACUCCCUUGACAGCGAGAAAAUCUUGCUGCGCGGCUGCAAGGUCCGCAACACGGAGGCCUGCUACGGGCUCGUCAUCUACGCAGGCUUUGAUUCCAAAAUCAUGAAAAACUGUGGGAAGGUCAAGCUGAAAAAAACCAAACUCAGCCGUCUGAUGGAUCGCCUUGUGAUACUGAUCGCGGUGUCUCUCUUCCUGAUCUCGUUCAGCCUCGCUAUUGGCUCCGGAGUCUGGGCCGGCAAGUUUCAGCAGGAGCACGGCUACCUCUCUGCUUUCUACAACAAGAUGAGCCCGGCCGAGUACGCCUUUUUCGCCUUCUGGGGAUUCCUCAUCCUCCUGAGCCUGGUCAUCCCCAUGUCCAUGCUCAUCACGUUUGAAUUCAUCUACCUGGUCAACAGCUGUUUCAUUAACUGGGACAUGGAAAUGUACUAUGCGCCGAAAGACAUGCCGGCCAAAGCCCGGAGUACGAGCCUCAAUGACCAGCUUGGGCAGAUCCAGUAUGUCUUUUCAGACAAGACGGGCACCUUGACGCAGAACAUCAUGACCUUCAAGAAAUGUUGCAUCAAUGGGAAAAUAUAUGGAUCGCAGAUCAAGACACAAGACAAAUCGAUGGGUGCUGAUCUGAACUGGAGCAAGUACUUGGAUGGCAAGGAGGAGUUCUACGACCAGUUGCUCCUGGACACCAUCCGGCAGGAUGAGGACCCCGUGGUGAAGGAGUUCAUGCGCCUCCUGGCCCUCUGCCACACCGUCAUGGUAGAGGAGAAGCAGAAUCAGCUGGUUUACCAAGCAGCUUCUCCAGAUGAAGAAGCCCUGGUGACAGCCGCCAGGAACCUGGGCUAUGUCUUCCUCUCGCGGACACAAGAUACAGUCACCAUCAGCGAGCUGGGUGUUGAGAGGACGUACAGAGUGUUGGCGUUGCUGGACUUUAACAGUGUCCGCAAAAGGAUGUCCGUCCUGGUGCGAGACCCCGAAGGCCGUAUCAAGCUUUACACCAAAGGGGCCGACACCAUAAUCCUGGAGAGACUCCACAGCGACCGGGCUAUGGAAGGAUGCACCGUCAAGGCGCUGGACAGUUUUGCUGCUGAGACCCUCAGGACUUUGUGCCUGGCGACCAAAGAGAUGGAUGAGAAGGAGUUCAACGCGUGGAGUAAGAAGCACCACGCUGCCAGCGUCCUGUUGCAGGAUCGUGAGCAACAACUGGACAAGGUGUACGAGGAGAUUGAGCAGGAUCUCAAACUCCUGGGAGCCACCGCCAUUGAGGACAAGUUGCAAGAUGGGGUCCCCGAGACCAUCCAGCUGCUCAAAAGGGGAGACAUCAAAGUGUGGGUGCUGACAGGAGACAAGCAAGAGACUGCUGUCAAUAUCGGCUUUGCAUGUCAACUUCUUUCGGACGACAUGACCAUCCUGGAAGAGAGUGAGAUUAGCGAGAUCCUUGAACCAACCUGCCACAGCAACAACAGCUUAGCCAGCAGCGGAGCAGCUCUUUGCAAAGACAAUUCAUUCCUCCCCUUCCAGGCAUUCUUGAUGCAUGGAAAGAAAGCCUUGGUGGUUACGGGGGAUUUCCUAGACAAAAUCUUUCACACGGAGGGGGAGAAGAAAGCAAUGCAGAAGACGGGCUGGCUGCAACGCUUGGGUUGCUGCCGCGGCGAUGUGGAGAAGGACCAGGGGAGCCUGAUAGAAAAGGCGUUUGUGGAGUUAGCUACCACCUGCCAGGCUGUCAUCUGCUGCCGGGUGACUCCCAAGCAGAAAGCCCUCGUCGUCCAGAUGGUGAAGCGACACAACAACACCAUCUCUCUGGCCAUCGGGGAUGGGGCCAACGAUGUCAACAUGAUUAAAACUGCCGACAUCGGGGUCGGAAUCAGUGGGCAGGAAGGGAUGCAGGCCGUCCAGUGCAGCGAUUAUGCCCUGGCUCAGUUCCGCUACCUCCAACAGCUCCUCUUCGUCCACGGCCGAUGGUCCUACCUCCGGAUCUGCAAGUUUCUCCGCUACUUCUUCUACAAGACCUUCGCCGGCAUGAUGGUGCAGAUCUGGUUUGCUUUCUACGCAGGCUUCACCGCACAGCCUCUGUUGGAGGGCUGGUUCCUCGCCCUCUACAAUGUCUUCUACACAUCGUGUCCAGUCCUCUUCAUGGGCUUGUUCGAACAGGAUGUAAGCGCCAAGAAAUGUCUGCAAUUUCCCGAGCUCUACAAGGCAGGCCAGAAGGAUAAGUUUUUCAAUAUCCGGACGUUCUGCGUCUCGUUCAUCCACGGCUCUCUCGCCUCCUUGGCCAACUUCUACAUCGCUCUGUGGGCCAUGGGGGACGGAGCCGGCAUCCGUGUCAUUGGCGAUUAUCAGUCCUUUGCCAUGACGGUAGCGACCUCGGCGAUAUUCACCGUCAUUGCUGAGAUCAUGAUGGAGGUCAAAUUCUGGACCAUCUUCUCUGUGCUUGCCAUCGUAGCCAGCGUCGCCCUAUACUGCCUUUUGAGCUACCUCACACAAAGCUUCCAAGCCUUUAAAUGGGAUCCGAAGGCCUUCCAGUUCCCAGACGCCACCAAGAAUGCACUGACAGACCCAAUCCCGCUGUUUGUCAUCGUGCUUUGUGUUGUGGUGAACACCAUCCCCUCCCUCACUGUCCGCGUUGUGCAUAGCUUCAUGGGCCCUACAGCCUUGGCAGAGAGGUGUCAAGCCCGGGACAUGCAGAAGCAAAAGACAGUGGAGCUGACGUCGCACAUCCGGAGGAACAGCCACCUGAGACGCUCCAGCUAUGCCUUCUCCCACAAGGCAGGCUACGCUGACCUCAUCUCCAGAGGAGCCAGCAUGAGGGUGAAGGGCCCCCAUGUCCGCAGCCAGCUGAAUGGCUUUGGGGGCGCCCCCUUGCCCAGCCAAGACAGCCCCACCCCAUCCAUAGCUGAGCCCUUCAGGGAUGGUGUCUCUGCAGAGCAGAAGUUCCAUCUCUGUUGAAAAGGAGAAUGGCAAGCUCUAGGUUUUUUUUUUAUUAACUGCACACCCAAAGACUGCCUGCCAGUGGUUGGAUGGCCUUUAAGAACAUCAGAAGAGCCUGCUGGAGCAGGCCGGUGGUCCAUCUAGUCCAGCAACCUGUUCCCACAAUGGCCAACUAGGUGUCCAUCAUGGGAAAGUCCGCAAGCAGGACCUGAGGGCAAGCGUGUGCUCCCCUCCUGAGGUUUCCAGCAACAGAUGUUCAGAAGCAUCCUGCCUUCAACCAUGGAGGCAGAACAUAGCCAUCGUGGCUAGUAGCCAUUGAUAGCCUUAGUCUCCACGAAUUUGCCUAAUCCUUUUUAAAACCCGUCUCUGCGCUGCGGGAAGAAAGCCUUUCUUUUGCUGGUCCUGAAUCUUCCAAAAUUUGGCUUCAUUGAAUGGCUCAGCUUUUUCCCCUUUGGCACCCGGAGAGGGCUCCCAAGAUCUGAAGCCUGGAGGAGAACGCUCGCCUAUGACCCAGCUAUGAGCUGUGCAGUUCUGGGUUUGAAUCCCAGAAUGCCCAGCACCGGGCUUUCUUGCUCAGAUGCCCUCUCCCUUUUCAUGCCGCCGUCUGCAGAUUAAUUCCUGGUCUCUGGAACAAUAACUCUUUCAUAUACUUUUCAGCAGGGAUGUAUCUGCAUAAGGAGAAGCUAAUGUCCCAUGUAGACCAUUGCAGUGGUUAGAGAAAUCACAGUUGCGAAUAUGCUUUUAGGCACACCCAGAGCAUUCCGAUGGACAAUCGAGCAGCUAAUUAUCACUGUUGUUUUUUAACUGAGAGGCCCUCGGGUCCCCGCUAGUUGAAAACCACACCCUCAAGGUGGGGAACAAUUUUUCAGCCCAAGGGCCACAUUCCCUUCAAGGCAGCCUUCCAGGGGCCACUUGCCUGUGAUGGGUGGGGCCAGAAGCACAGGUGGGCAGAGCAGCAGAUGUUAAUUUACUCACACAUUUCACCUCUCUAUCCUCCAUCCAGGGGCAAGAAAGGGGCAUCAUCAUAGUUCAAAACACUUGGGGCGUGCAACAGGGCUAGUGAGGGGUGUUGCUGAGGAGAGCCCUGAUGGCCAGACUGGGAGGUUUAGAGGGCCACAUUCAUCCCCCAAACCUGCUGCUGAAAGGGGAAGCCCCUGUUCCCCAAAUUCCAAAUACUGUAGGAGCAAGCAGUGAGGGGUUCUUUCUGCACAUGCUCCAAGCCACCUUUGCCUUCCAUGAUCCACUUCGGUGCACACCUUGGCUGUCAGAUUAAUUCUCGGAGCCAAUGUCCCGGGCAAAUACUGUGCCAAAAAUGCCUUAAGAACUUGAGGGUCGGCUUUCUGGAUCAGAUAAGGAGGGUCCCAUUUGGCCUGGUAUCUUGUUUCUGACCAUAAUCAGCCAGGGGCCUCUGGGAAGCCCACAGGCAGGGCCCGGAAAGUGACAGCCCCUCCUCUCUUGUGUGCCAUCCAGCAACUGGCACUCUCAGCUAGACUACCCCUAAGCAUGGAAGCCCUGUUCAGCUCUCAUUCAGAACACCAAAAUUGCCCUGAUGGACCAGACCCAACGGCCAUCUAAUCCAACAUCUGGUUAUGAACAGAGGCCACCUAGAUGUCUGAAGAAGGUCGCAAACUUUUCUUUUGGCACAUGGCCCCUGAAAAGUUCCCCACAAAGGAAUGCGGCCCUCAGGCUGAAAUAGCGUCCCCCUGAAUGAGGGAUGUUGAACCUAGCUUUCCGCUGACAAACCUCCUCUGUUGCUGAGUCCUCAGCACCUGCUGUUCAUAGGUAGAAUGCUUCUAUAUCUGGAGGUUUUAUGGCUGACAGCUACCAGUAUGAGUCUGACUGUGCUGGAGAACUGGGGCACUAUAGCAUAAUUUUCAGGUGGCUCUUUUAUUAUGUUGUGAUUACACUACUGGUGGUUGCUUCUUAAUCACUUUUCACUGUGAACUGUCUCAAGUUACUUGCUGCAAGAAAAGUGGGUUUUGCACUUUAAAUAUAUAUAUAUAUAUAAUGAUAAUAAUUUAUUUUGUGAAGGAAAACCACCUCCAGCAGUAACCUGAUAAGAUCCUUCUGUAAAGCUUUCAGACUUUUCUCUUAAAUGUAAAGGAGAUCAAAUGGCAUUAUAUUGAACUCCUCUUGGCUUCAGACCCAGUGGCAUUACAGACUGGAUCCCCUAGAGGGCGCCAAUGCCACACGGUUGGUGUAAGCUAUUGCACACACUGCCGCCCUCUGCUGGACAGGUGCAGUCCUGAUACACAGCUAACUCUCCAGGUUGAUUGUAAGUGAAUGUUGCAGAAUUUCCCGCCAUGCUAGGUGGGUGCAAUGCUUCUUGAGGCUUCAACUCAAAGAACAAUUUGGACCAUAAGUGUCCUUAUCCUUUUGCACUGUCUGACAAUGUGAAAU